AUGGGGACGGGAGAAAUCCUCUAUGAAUACUGGGGAAGGUUCAAACAGAUGUUGGCCAAAUGCCCACAACACCAAAUACCGGAUCAUGAUCUUAUUCGGUAUUUCGUGGGAGGACUCCGAAGACAAGAUAGACAAUGGUUACACGUUGCGUGUGGAGGAUCGAUCUUAAACAAAUCUACAGUGGAAGCUUUCAAGCUCAUAGCCGACAUGGCAGAGGAAUCGAGAGAUGAGAAAGGGACUAUAGUCAGAACUACUCCGGUGCUGGCUCCUUCUGCCCAAGACAAAAAGUUGGACAAGCUUUGCAACAUGUUCAAGAAAUUUAUGACGAACCAAGGAACACCCAAUCAAGGGAUUCCCAACAUUCGGAAGCCUGUGAAGCCAGGAGGAAACAACGGAGGGCAGAACCAGAAACCUUUUGAGCCCUACAGGCAGCAGUACAACAAUCAAGGAUGGAGGCAACAUGAGAAUCUUAGGUACGGCAACAACAACUUUUUGGGGCAAAACCAAGGGCAGACGAGUAUUCCACCACAAUACUCACAACAACCUCAACAGGGAAGAGGAUCCUCCCUAUCAGAGUUCGUGCAUCAAAUGGCCCAACAACAAAUGAAAUUCCAGCAAGAGACCGAAAAGUUCAUAAUGGAGACGAGAGGAGGAAUGCAGAAUGUGAACUCCCAACUAUCACAUCUUGCCCAAGCAGUCGCCAGACUUGAAAGAAAACAAGGGACACUCUCAUCCCAAGUGGAGGUGAAGAAGGUGAAUGCCAUGACACUCAGAGGAGGAAAGGAGUUACCCGAGGUUGAUAAGGAGAAAAAUAAAGAAAAGCCGGAGAUCAACGAGCAAGUCGGAAUGGGAUCAGCAGAUGAGGAAGAAUUUGCCCAAGAGAGAGAGGCAAAGCGAAAGGCGACAGGGAAGGGUAAAGAGAAAUCAAGCCAGACUGAGCCCAGACUCCCCUUCCCAGACAAAAUGGCCAAGUAA